UCUGACGUUUUGAUUUUCAGGCAAACUAUUCAUGGGUGUAUGAAAAUGUAUUUCUCAAUAUUUCGAUUCCAAGCUUUAAUUUUAAUAUUUAUUGCAAAUACUGUAUCAAAGUGUUAUUCAAAUGAUAUAUUAGGUUGCGGCGGAUUUGUAAGGAGUCACGCCAGCUUGGACUUUUCGAAAAUCGAGAUUGGCUUAUACACAAGAGAGGGAAUCCUCAAAGAGAGAACAGAAUGUGCACCAACCAACGGAUACUACUUUCUGCCGUUAUAUGAAAAAGGAGAAUACAUUUUAAAGGUUCACCCACCGGCAGGAUGGAGUUUCGAACCUUCCAAAGUAGAACUACUUAUUGAUGGCGAAACAGAUCAAUGUUCUACAGGAGAAGAUAUCAAUUUUGUAUUUAAUGGCUUUGGUAUUACUGGUAAAGUGAUCACAGCUGGGCAGAAACAAGGACCUAGUGGGAUAAAUGUGGAGCUGGUUAAUGAAAAUGGAGAUGUUAGACACACAGUUACAUCUGUGGGUGGAGAUUUUCAUUUCACUCCUGUUAUACCAGGAAAGUAUGUUGUGAAGACUUCACACCCUAGGUGGAAACUGGACCCCGCUCAGACUAUAGUACAAGUGAAGGAAGGGAACACAGUCCUGCCCCUAGGAUCCCUCAGUGUUAAAGGCUAUGAUGUGUCUGGAUCAGUCUCAUCCUUCGGCAGCCCCAUCGCUGGGAUUACUGUUCUCCUUUAUUCUAUACAGGAGAACCCCAAAUUUCGAGUUGAAGGGUGCAAAACGGCUCUUCUACAAGGUGUUCCGGAUUCCCCCAUCUGUUACUCAGUGACAGAUGCUGCUGGGGAGUUCAAGUUCGGGCUCGUGCCGGCCGGGGAGUACAAGUUGCUGGCGCUGUCCAAGUCCCCGGGGCAGGCUACCAUCACUUACAACAUCAAGCCCGACGCCGUGCCCUUCACUGUCAAACAUGAUAGCUUGUACAUCAAGAACGCUUUCGAGAUAAGCGGGUUCAGUGUGGUGGGCACGGUGCUGGCGGGCGCGGGCGGCGGUGGGCUGGCGGGCGCGCGCGUGCUGGUGGCCGGCCAGCCCGUCGGCACCAGCGACGCGGCGGGGCAGUUCACGCUCCGCGACCUGCGACCCGGCACCUUCACGCUACACUGCCAACACGCACAGUGCGAGUUCGACGAGCUGCAGGUGGCGGUGACGGCGGGCGGCGUGAGCGCGCCGCUGCGCUGCGUGGCGGCGCGCUGGCAGGUGUGCGGCCAGCUGGCGCCGCCCGAGCCGCGCCACGUGCUGCUGCGCCCGGCCGGCGCCGCGCGCGAGCGCCGCGUGCGCGCCGCCAGCGACGGUAAAUGGUGCACCUUCCUGCCGCCCGGCGUGUACUCCGCCAAAGUGGAGGUGAGCGAGCAGGAACAGAGGGACGGCUUACAGUUCUACCCCGAGGAGCAGCGCGUGGCGGUGGGGCGCGCGGCCGUGCGCGGCGUGUCGUUCAGCCAGCUGCGCGCGCGCGUGCGCGGCCGCGUGCUGUGCGCGCAGCACUGCGCCGGCCUGCGCGUCGCGCUGCGCCCGCUGGCCGCCGACGGCAACUACGCGGGCCCGCCGCGACACGCGCCCGUCGUCGACGGCGAGUACGCGUUCGAGGAGGUGGUGCCGGGCAGCGUGGAGGUGUCGGUGCGCGCGGCGCGGCUGUGCUGGGCGGAGGCGGCGCACAACGUGGCCGUGACGCAGGAGCUGCCGCCCGUGCCCGACUUCGAGCUCACCGGGCUCGCGCUCGCGCUCAGCGCCUCGCACCGCAUGCAGGUGGAGUACAAGAGCAAAGCGGCCAACGGCGUGCUAACAGUGCCCGCUGGGCAAAGCCGUCAGUGCGUGCCGCUAGCUGACCAGUACACGCUGAUCCCUCGCGGCUGUCACCGCGUAGAGCCGUCAGAGAUUACUGUUAAAAUGGACACGGCAGAUGUGCCGAGCAUUUCGUUCGUGGCGACAGCCCACGCGGCCGUGCUCAAGAUCUUCUCCCCCGAGCCAGCGACGGACGUGGUCCUGCAACUGAACUUCGACGGCCAGCCCGAGGAGAACGUCCCGCUGAAACCUGUCCAGGACGAGAGCGGAUAUGUGUACGAGCAUACGGUUUACUUAGCCGAGGGCGAAGUGGCGACGGCGUCGGCGAAGUCGUCGCAGCUACUGUUCACGCCGCGCGGGCCGCAGAGGCUUGUGGGCGAGGCGGAGUGCCGGCCGCUCGCGCUGAGCCUGCGAGCGGCCAAGGCACUCACGCUGGCGGGCCGGCUCGUGCCGCCCGUGGCCGGCGUGCUCGUCACGCUCGAGGGAGACGACGUGCAGCUCACGCAGAGCACGGCAGCGGACGGCGCGUACCGCUUCGGGCCGCUGGACGCCGCGCUGCAGUACCAGGUGCGCGCCGAGAAGGACUCGUACGUGUUCGGCGAGCGCCAGCCCGGCGGCGACAUCCGCGCGCACAAGCUGGCCGAGAUCACAGUGAAGCUGGUCGACGCUGCCAGCGGCGCGCCUCUAGAGGGCGCGCUGGUGUCGGUGAGCGGCGGCGCGUUCCGGCGCAACGCGGGCGCGGGCGCGGCGGGGGCCCUGCGCGUGGGCGGCCUGUCGCCCGCGCAGUACUACGUGAAGCCCAACAUGAAGGAGUACCGCUUCGAGCCGCCGCACGCCAUCGUGCCCGUGGAAGACGGCCAGGAGCACAAGCUGAUGUUCAAGGGAGUACGCGUGGCGUGGUCGGCGCACGGGCGCGCCGUGUCACUGGGCGGCGCGGGCGUGGCGAACGUGCCCGUGCGCGCACGCCCGGCGCCCGAGCACGCGGAUCGCUGCCCGCAGCAGGACGCCAGCACUGGCCCCAGCGGGGAAUUCCGUAUUCGUGGCCUGAUCCCGCGCUGCGUGUACACGAUCGAGCUGAAGGAGUCCACGGACCCGGAGCUGGCGGGCAUCGAGCUCGCCAAGUCGCCGCCGCCCGUCGAAGUAAAAGAAAAGGACAUCAAGAACAUCCGUCUAAUAAUAAUCCAGCUCAACCAACUGACAGACGUGAACGUCCUUAUCCACACACCGAACAUAGACCACUACAAAUCCCUCCGCCUAACCCUAGCCCUAGAAUCCUCCCCCCAUAACACCCUGUUCGCCACUAAACUAGACCCUGCGGGCUACAACCAGUACAACAACCCAGGGUUAAUGUACGUCAUGCCAAGGUUACCCGCGGACAAUAAAACGUACGUGUUGCAGUUGGAGUGUUCUCUGUCAAAGGUGACGCAUUCGUACAGCGAGAGCGUGUUCUACUUCAAUUCCGAUGGAAAAUUCCGACAUUUCGACAUCGAAUUUUCGCCUAAAGUGAAAUCCUCAGAACAGGAGCUCCGGCAAAGUUCCCUUCUGGUGUUGCCACUUCUCGCGGCGUUAGGCCUCCUGUACACGCAACGACAUCGCCUGCCCAAUCUGAGGCCGGACACAAUGAAGAGAGCGAACAGGAAAAAGGCGCAGUAACAUGUCACUAUCUAUCCUAAUAUUAUGAAUCUGAAACUGUAUCUGUUGGUUUGUCUGAAGCGACUACUUUCACGCAGCAACUGAGCAGCUGAUUUGAUUUGUUUGCAUGUUAAUAGUUGAGAAGACGUGAGAGUGACACCAUUUUUAUUGCGGGAAAACGAAACCGCGAGUAUGACGUCCAACACAAAAAUGAUCAUAAUAAAUACUCUAAGGGAUAGAGAAAUGUGAAAAUUAAGGAAUUAUUGGGUAAAGAAUUUUAUACAAAGAGUAAAAGGAAAACUAAUUUAUAGCAAUAUUCAAAACAA